AUGACCGAGAACCCAACUGCGUCAACAUCUCCCGGUCUUCCGCAGCUUCCCUCAAACGCUACAUCCACCCAAACGCCUGACGAUGCAGGCGGUGAAAUUCGCUGCAUCUGCGAGUGCAACGAGGACGAUGGAUACACCGUUUGCUGCGACAAGUGCGGAACGUGGCAACACGUUGCAUGUAUGCAGUUAUCGGAGGACGAUAUUCCGUCAAACUACCUGUGCAACAAUUGUUCGCCACGAGCCGUGGAAACCAGAAGAGCCAGGGAAUUGCAGAAACAGCGCCGACGGGACGAGAAGAUCAAUCGAAGAAAGCGAUCUGCGACCACCUCCCACAAGAAGAAGGAAGUCCACCAGCCCGGCGGACACAACGGCCAGAACGGGGUUACGGUCGGUAAAACGAUCUACGGCACGGAGAAAACUGCCAUCGUCAAAUUGCCUAGCCCCAGGGAACCACAGGCCCCCCCGACGACGACGGCGCCGGCGGUCAGUCGCAAGAGAAACCAGCGAGCGUCGCAUUCUGCUGGAAACUCGCAUCAGGCCGGAUCGAUCACUGGGAGCCCAUCGCCUUUUCCCGACAGGAAUGCAGACGCCGAGAGCGACACCGAUACGGACAAGUAUCGAUACGAAUUCAUCGACAUCGGUACGGGGCAAAACAAACUGGCUGCGCUCUGGGUCGACAACCUGCUCGACAAGAUGGGCGACUGUGCCUGUGUCGAUCGGAACCAGUGCCUACUGGCUAAAAUCAAGGAGUGCGGCAGGAUCGAUUCCGCCGUUCCGAAACGACCCGCGACCAACGGCAACGGGAACGGGAACGGAAAGAAGCAACGGAUAAAGCGAAAUCCUUCGACAGAGUCGAAUCGCUCGAAGGAGCCCACUCCGGAUGUGCAACAAGGGAACAACAAUGAGGGCGACCCGGAUAGGAAAGUGAAGCCAGGAAGCCGAGACUUGACGCCGGUUCACCAACAGGAUAUUGCUGUCGACUCGGCGACCAUGACCAGACGGGAAGAACGCAAAUUCAAAGAAGUUCUCUCACGCAUAGAGAAGCAAGUGCAAGAAGAACAAGUACCCCAACCGCCCAAACGUCGAAAGCGAAAUAGCGCCACAUCGGAUCUGAACACUGCUGGCGAUGGAGCUGUUGCCCGUUCUGCGAGUCCAGGUUCGGGAGAUACUUGGGGUGCCGAGGAGAGGAAAACGAAGUCUCACAAAGGCGAAUCGCCAGUAACCAGUCCUGGAUCGGUCGGACGUGAAGUCUCCGUUGUGGAUGCCGGUUCUGGCCGCUCACCGGGUUCUUCGACAGGGUCGAUCGGCCACAAGCGACGGAACAACGCGGGGUCCCCAGCCCCAUCGACAGGCUCGACCAAAGUGCGACGAAAGGUGAAGACUAAAGCCGUAAGGUUGAACUAUGUCGACUCUUCCGUCCAGACGGAACCGGAUGAUGAGCUGCCAUGGUGGAAACUAGCCGUACCGAUGACGCCUCCCCGACCACCUCGAUUGCCCCUGCGGAAACGUCUGAUGCAGAGCCUGCUGAAGGAUAGAGAAGAGGCUGCGUUUGCGUCGGCUGCCACCACCUCUGAGGAUGACAAGAAACGCAAACUCGACUGCUUCGCGGCGGACACCACUGUGCCACUUCCAGUACCAAAAGUCCAAAAGACUGCUGAGAAGGAAGUGGCACGUCCAUCCACCGGUGUGAUGGGCUCGCCUGUCGCUUCAGUCCCAAUCCCAAUCUCAACUCCAACCCUAGCCCCAAUCUCAGCCCCAGUCCCGGCCCCGGCCCCGUCACCGGCACUGGUCCCGGCACUGGUCCAAGAACUCCCCGACGCACCACCGAUAGUCGUUGAGACUGCCAAAUCCCCACAGUCUACAGUCUGCAGUCCUGCGCCUGUCUCCGAUCUCACAAAGCCAGUACGUCCCCGCGCCAAGUCUCCACGUCAGCCGUCGCCAAACGGUUUGGGUCCCACAGAUAAAGUCCGUGUGAACGGUGUUAAGCCUGCUGGUUUGCACCUCGAACUGCCAAAGUCACCAAAGCCAUCCCGCCCCACAAGUGGUCAGGUUUCGCCAGGCCAACUGACACAAGGAGCCGUAACAGCCCCGUCUCCACUUACUGUUUCCACGGCAGUUCCCUUGCCGCCGGCUGUCAUCGCAGCUGUCAAUUCUGCUACUUCGGGCCCGUCUCCCAGUCCCACCAAAACCAAGAAGCUUAGCCUGCAAGACUACCGCAAGCGAAGCCAUAAGUCGGUUGAUGUGACGGCCGAAAGGAAGGAGGAUGAGGCGGUACCAGCUCCUACACCAAAGGGCAACCCUAGUUCGACGGACUCGGCCAAACAACUUGCAUUUCUCAAUGUAGCUGCGCCGACAGAUGCGACAGUAGCUUCACAGGCGACAACAGUGGAGUCGAAGAUUGUUCCGGGGAGCACGUGGGGUGUACGAUAAAAGACCAUUCCAUUCAUUCUUCGGCAUCCUACGGAUGGCCCUCUUUUUUUCUGCUUUGGGGGCUCGGAGUCUCCUUUCUCCAAAAAAGGCUUCUUUUUUUUUAGGACUUUUAGUUGAAUUUGGUGCGCUGUUUCGGCUCGAAGUUGCGCUUAUAGCCCACACUUUGAGCCCGAGUUCGAUCACGGGAUCACGGGAUUUCAUUUCUAUACUUGGCUUUCGGGGUGUGGGUUGGGGGUUAUCUGCUUUUCAUGUGUUUCUCAGUUGCGUUUGUGAGAGGGUUUAACGGAGUUUGACUUUGUGUUUCCGUGAUUGU